AUGCUGUCCAUUGAGGAAAUACUAGCUCUCGCUGAGCCCAACGCUGAGUUCACAGAGCUUCAACGGGCCAGCCCAAUCAAGGUCGGCGCAUGGAACAAGAAUACGGACCUCAAACAGAUCCGAGGCAUCAUGGCCAAGGUCCUCGAGGCCAAACUCGCGGCCAAACCCGACCCAUCUACCCUGCCCUACGUCGAAGAAGACGUCCGCAUCACCGUGAGAGAUAGGACAGCGAUUGCCGUUCGCAUCCACAAACCCAGAGCCGUCGCCAAUGAUGGCUGUCCUGUUCUUGUAGCGUUCCACGGUGGCGGGUUCGUCAUUGGCGAUCUGGAGGGCGUGGGUCCCCUCUGCCAGCUCUUUACAACACUCGGUGGCAUUGCAGUGAACGUGGACUAUCGUUUGGCUCCAGAGCACCCCUUUCCUAUCCCCGUGCAGGAUUGCUUCGAUGCUGUGAAAUGGACCGUCGAUAACGCGAAAAGCCUUGGAAUUAAUUUAUCGAAAGGCAUUCUCGUCGGCGGCGAGAGCGCAGGCGCUGACUUGGCGUUGGGCGUAACCCGCCUUUGGACCGACGAGAAACAGACGCCAGAGCUGACGGGCAUAUUUUCGUCCAUCUCCGGAGCCGUCACCGAAGACACCGUUCCCGAAACGUACCGAGAUCGUUUCUUGAGUCUGAAGCAGAAUGCUAGUGCCCCAGUCGUAACCGCAGACUCGAUCGAGUUUAUCAGAGAAAUGUACAAGCCGGACCCGAGAAGCCCGGUGGCGUACCCUGUCAUCUCGCCGGACCUGAAUGGCAUCCCUAGAACGUACUUCCAGGCUUGUGGGCUGGAUCCCGUGCGAGACUGCACGCUUAUCAUGGAGCAGGUUUGGAAAGAUGCGGGAAUACCAACCAAACUGGAUGUCUAUCCUGGUCUACCUCAUGGAUUUUGGGCACUGUUUCCUCAAGCAGACUUCAGCAAGAAACACCAAAGAGAUCAAAAGGCUGGUCUGGAGUGGUUAUUACACAAGGACUCGGCAUAUCUCUUAUCGAGGAAGUUCCCAUAUUACCUGGAGCCACCCCUGCAACCUCUCAACGCGCUCUCGCCCGCCAGACGCGACGGACUAAAUGGAAGGAAAUCUGGAGGUGGUCGCCUCCAAUUGACAUCACCAACGACGUUCGAGCCUCCCGUCUACUAUUUCGCAUCGUCUCCCAACACCCCAAAACAGGCCGCCAGCUCCCGCAAGCACCUCUGGUCCAAUAUGGCGCCCAAGUCGAAACCGCCCGAAAAGAAGCAGCAGUCGCUCACAAACUUCUUCCAGCCAAAGACGGUCAAUGGCCUAGCCGCCGCCUUCCAGAAGUCGCAGUCCGAAGCACGAACGAGCCCGCCUGAGUCGCCGGAUUCCUCGCGCAAGCGCCCCUUGGAGGAGGACACGGAUAGGGCCAAUAAUGGACCCGACAAGACCAUCAAGAGAGCAAAGGGUGAAAAUGGGGACAAGGCCAAUGCUGCGGAUCGGGGCAAGAGCUCCUUCUUCACUCCAGGAGCCAAGCCACCCGCCGAGUCUGAGCCCAAGUCCAAGGCAUCUGCAGCUUCCUCUAGGACGGGACGGUUCGCCUACAGCCAGGCUUCAGACGUGAACGAGGAGAAGGAUGAAGAGGAUCAAGACCCAUCCACGAAGCAGCGCAAGGAGGAGUUACACAAGAAGUUUGUCAAGAAGCUGGGCCAUCCGGACAGCAUGCUAUGGCGGCGCCGGAGGCAAGAUGACAACGAAGCCGCUGAUGAGGAGGAAGGCGAAGGAGAAGAAGACGAGGACGAAGCUCCGCCGCCGCCCAAGGCAAAGAAGGGCGGUGCAAGAGCAAACAAGAAGCUCACUCCCAUGGAGAUCCAGUUCCUCGACAUCAAGCGGAAACACCUGGAUACAGUCCUCAUCGUAGAGGUGGGCUAUAAGUUCCGCUUCUUUGGUGAAGAUGCCCGCAUUGCCGCCAAAGAGCUCAGCAUCGUGUGCAUACCUGGCAAAUUCCGCUACGACGAGCACCCUUCUGAAGCACAUCUGGAAAAGUUCGCCUCUGCGAGCAUCCCGGUACAUCGUCUGCCGGUUCACGCCAAGCGUCUCGUUGCUGCUGGUCACAAGGUCGGCGUGGUACGCCAGAUUGAGACAGCCGCAUUGAAGAAGGCCGGCGACAACCGCAACGCCCCAUUCGUUCGGAAGUUGACCAACGUCUACACAAAGGGCACAUACAUUGACGAGAAUGGCGAACUUGAAACGGGUGGUGAUGGUGGCGCUCCUUCGGGUGGUUAUCUGCUCUGCAUCACCGAGACUCCCACCAAGGGGCAGGGCACCGACGAGAAGGUCGAUGUCGGUAUAGUAGCCGUACAGCCAACCACGGGCGACAUUAUCUACGACACAUUCGAGGACGGCUUUAUGCGCAGUGAAAUCGAGACCCGACUGCUGCAUAUCUCGCCGUGCGAAUUCGUCAUCGUCGGCGACCUUACAAAGGGGUCAGACAAGCUGAUCCAGCACCUCUCGGGGAGCAGCACAAACGUAUUUGGUGAUCGCAGCCGCGUCGAGCGUGUCCCUCGAACAAAGACCAUGGCCGCCGAGGCCUACUCUCACGUCACACAGUUCUACGCCGACAAGCUGCAGCAGACCCCCGAUGCCGAUGCCUCGGCUCUCCUGGAGCGCAUCCUUCACCUCCCCGAGCCCGUCACCGUCUGCCUCUCCGCCAUGAUCAGCCACCUCAAGGAAUACGGCCUCGAGCACGUGUUUGACCUGACCAAAAACUUCACCAGCUUCUCCGCGCGCCAGCAUAUGCUCCUGAACGGAACGACACUCGAGGCUCUCGAGGUCUACCGCAACGCUACCGACCACUCGGAGCGCGGUUCCCUCUUCUGGGCUCUGGACAAGACCACUACCCGCUUCGGCCAGCGCCUCCUCCGCAAAUGGGUCGGUCGGCCUCUGCUCGACGUCGCCCGCCUCGAGGAACGCGUGGCCGCCGUCCAGGAACUCGUUGACGAACAGUCCUCCGCAAAAGUCGACCUUCUGCAAACACUCCUCGCCGGCACAAAGACGGACCUCGAGCGCAGCCUCAUCCGUAUCUACUACGGCAAAUGCACCCGCCCUGAACUCCUAUCCGUCCUCCAGACCCUCCAACGCAUCGCCAUGCAAUACCCAACCGUCAAAUCCGCCGAGGCAACAGGCUUCACCUCCCCCCUCAUCGCAUCCGCUGUCCUGUCCCUCCCCCAGAUCCUCGACCUCGUCGUCUCCCACCUCGACAAAAUCAACCCCGAGGCCGCCCGCAAAGACGACAAGUACAACUUCUUCCGCGAAUCAGAACAGACGGAAGACAUUGAAGACCACAAAAUGGGCAUCGUCUCGGUCGAACAAUCCCUCGACGAGCACCGCGGCGACGCCGCCGCCUCCCUCAAACGCAAGAAACCCGUCGACUACGUCACCGUCUCGGGCAUCGAGUUCCUCAUCGAGGUGCCCAAUGCGGACCUCAAAUCCGUCCCGGCCUCGUGGAUCAAAAUCUCGGGCACAAAGAAGCUCUCCCGCUUCCACACCCCCGCUGUCGUCCGCCUCAUCGCCGAGAGGGACCAGCACCGUGAAGCCCUCGCCGCCGCCUGCGACGCCGCCUUCUCCGCUCUCCUCCGCACGAUAGCAGACGCCUACCAACCUCUCCGCGAUGCCGUCUCCUCCCUCGCAACCCUCGACUGCCUCCUCUCCCUCUCCCGCGUCGCCGCCCUCCCGGGCUACAGCAGACCAACCUUCCUCCCCUCCACCACGAACAAACCCACAAUCUCCAUCGCCCAAGGCCGCCAUCCCAUCGCAGAACACACCCUCUCAGAUCCCUACAUCCCCUUCACCACAACCCUCGCCUCCCCCUCCCCGCUGGCCCACCUUAUCACGGGCCCCAACAUGGGCGGCAAAUCCUCCUUCGUCCGCGCCGUCGCCCUCCUCGUCCUCCUAGCCCAGAUAGGCUCCUUCGUCCCCGCCGACGCUCUAUCACUAACCCUCACCGACGCAAUCCACGUCCGCAUGGGCGCCCGCGACAACCUCGCCGCCGGCGAAUCGACCUUCAUGGUCGAGGUCUCGGAGACGGCGCGCAUCCUCCGCGCCGCCACCCCGCGCUCCCUCGUCAUCCUCGACGAGCUGGGCAGAGGCACCUCCACCCACGACGGCGCCGCCAUCGCCCACGCCGUCCUCGAUCACGUAGUCCGCGAGAACAGGUGUCUCACCCUCUUCAUCACGCACUACCAGAAUCUCGCCCGCCUAGCCGAGGGCAUAGGCGAAGGCCUCGUCAAGAACGUCCACAUGCGCUUCACCGCCACCCGCAGAGCCGGGGCUGGGGCGGAGCAAGGCGACGUCGAUGCGGAUGAUGAUGAGGCGGGUGCUGAUGAAGAAAUAACGUUCCUGUAUGAAGUUGGAGAGGGUGUCGCGCACAGAUCGUAUGGACUAAACGUGGCUCGUUUGGCUCGCAUACCCCGCAAGGUCAUUGAUGUUGCCUCGCAGAGGUCGCGCGAGAUGGAACAGGAUGUAAAGGUCCGGAGGUUAAGGGGCACCGCUCGUCUUCUCACCGAAGUCCUUGAGACGAAACCCGACCAGCUUGAUCAUUUGAUCUCAAACAUUGAGCAAUUGUAG